CCGGAGGGGCAGUCCGGCCGCCCGUGCGCCGGGGAUCGCGCGGAUGGCGGCGCUGGCGGCGCUGGCCCACAAGGCCUGGAGCGCACGGCGGCUGCUGGUGUUGCUGCUGAUGCCGCUGGCGCUGCUGCCCCUGGUCUUCGUCCUGCCACCCAAGGAGGGCCGCUGUCUGUUCGUGGUUCUGCUCAUGGCAGUGUACUGGUGCACAGAGGCCCUGCCACUGGCCGUGACCGCGCUACUCCCCAUCAUCCUGUUCCCCUUCCUGGGCAUCCUACCCUCCAACAAGGUCUGCUCCCAGUACUUCCUCGACACCAACUUCCUCUUCCUCAGUGGUCUGAUCAUGGCCAGCGCCAUCGAGGAGUGGAACCUGCACCGGAGAAUCGCCCUUAAGGUCCUCAUGUUUGUGGGGGUCCAGCCUGCCAGGCUCAUCCUGGGGAUGAUGGUCACCACCUCGUUCCUGUCCAUGUGGCUGAGCAACACCGCCUCCACUGCCAUGAUGCUGCCCAUCGCUAGUGCCAUCCUCAAGAGUCUCUUUGGCCAGAAGGAGCCUCCGAAAGACCUCAGCCAGGAACAUGAGGAGAAUGCAGCUGCUGUGCGAAGAAACGGGCUCCACAUGGUGCCCAUGGAGAUGCAGUUUCUCGCCAGCACAGAAGGGGGUCACGCAGAAGAGGCUGAGGCCCAGCUGGAUCUACCUGCUGACCCUGUGGAGGAAGAGGAAUACCGCAAAAAUGUCUGGAAAGGCUUCCUCAUCUCCAUCCCCUACUCAGCCAGCAUUGGGGGCACCGCCACCCUCACCGGCACAGCCCCCAACCUCAUCCUGCUUGGCCAGCUCAAGAGCUUCUUUCCUCAGUGUGACGUGGUCAACUUCGGCUCCUGGUUCAUUUUCGCCUUCCCGCUCAUGGUGCUGUUCCUGCUAGUGGGCUGGCUCUGGAUCACCUUCCUGUAUGUGGGGAUUCGCUUAAGGGGCUGGAGGAAGAAGAAAUCGGAGCUACAAACUCAUGCGGAAGACAAGGCCAGAGCUGUGAUUCAGGAAGAAUUCCAGAACUUGGGGCCCACCAAGUUUGCAGAGCAGGCCGUGUUUAUACUGUUCUGUGCAUUCGCCGUCCUCCUCUUCUCCCGGGAUCCGAAGUUCAUCCCUGGCUGGGCCAGCUUCUUCACCCCUGGGUUCAUUUCCGACGCAGUCACCGGCGUGACCAUUGUCAUCAUCUUAUUCUUCUUCCCGUCCCAGAGGCCUUCGCUCAAGUGGUGGUUUGACUUCAAAGCUCCCAUCACUGAGACGGAGCCCCUACUGAGCUGGAAGAAGGCCCAAGAGACCGUGCCCUGGAACAUCAUUCUCCUGCUGGGAGGAGGCUUCGCCAUGGCCAAAGGCUGUGAGGAGUCGGGGCUGUCGGCGUGGAUCGGAGGGCAGCUGCACCCGCUGGAGCACGUGCCCCCCACGCUGGCCGUCCUGCUCAUCACCGUCGUCAUCUCCUUCUUCACCGAGUUCGCCAGCAACACGGCUACCAUCAUCAUCUUCCUGCCCAUCCUGGCAGAGCUGGCCAUCCGCCUGCGAGUGCACCCGCUGUACCUGAUGAUCCCGGGCACAGUCGGUUGCUCCUACGCCUUCAUGCUGCCCGUCUCCACUCCCCCCAACUCCAUCGCCUUCGCCUCGGGACACUUGCUGGUCAAAGACAUGGUGCGGACAGGCCUCCUGAUGAAUCUGAUGGGCGUUCUGCUGCUCAGCCUGGCCAUAAACACCUGGGCGCAGAGCAUCUUCCAGCUGGGCACCUUCCCGGACUGGGUCCACACCCACGAGGCUAACAUCACAGCACCGCCCCCCACCCUAGCCAAUGACACCGUUCGGACACUCUGAAUGCACCCAGGGGCCCCCUUGGGCCUGGCCCUCCCAGAGGGCCAUCGCCAUCCCUUGCUGCCUGGACCACACACGAUGAUCAAGCCAUUCUUUUCUGGAAUCGGAUGUGCAGCAGGCCAGGCUGACCUCCAGGGGUCCACCCAGGCCCACAGGCUCCUCACCUGUGUACCUUCUCUCUCUCUCAUGCAGUCUGAGGCUCAGAUUAUCUCCCAGCUCUGCUGCCUGAGACACAGGCUCUGCCUUUACGAGCUAGUCUGUGGUUAGGAUGUAGGAGCGCAGCUCAGCCACACUGAUCAAACCUGCAUUUGGGAUGGGAGGCUGUCAGUCCUCAAGGCCCAGCUCAUUUUCUGACCCACUGAUCCCUUUAGGUCUCCAGAGAGGCCGUCUUGUCUCUAAGACAAGCUGCAGAGUCUCUGCUGCUGCAAAGCUGUGGCCCAGACACUGAGCUGCUCACCACCUAGGUGGCUUUUGUUCUCCUGUUUGGCCGUGGCCCCCAUGGGUCCCCACGAGACAGGAGAUGUGCAGAGCCUCCUUAUGUCUCUCGGGGCUCCCAGGCACAGCAGGGUCAAAGAGGGUGCAGUAUCUUCUCUCUGAUUCAAUUUAGAAUCAUGUCAAUAAUAAUUCUGGCAUCUAGCUACGCCUGGGUUCCAGCCACUGGCAGGUGACCCAUAUUCCCCUCCAGCCAGGACCCCUUGGCAUGAGGCCUUAGGAGCUUCUGCUGGUCUCUACCUUUCCACCUGAGCCCCAGGGGUAAAUGUGCUUAAUUAGCCAAGGGCAGAGGGAGCAGGCGGGAGGGGUGUAAGAGGGAUGGCUGGCACCAGCCAGGGGCUGAGCCUCACAUUUCCCCUCCCCACCUUGGGAAGGCACAGGUGAUUCAGUGUUUCCCUAAGAGUAGCAGAGGAAGGAGGGCGGGAACCCCUGAGCUGAAGGCCAAGCUCUGCCACAGGCCCUACAUUAAUCCCACCAGUCAGUAUUAAAUCCCACAGUCAAUGAUAUCCGCAGGGGGACGGGUGAUGUCCUCAAAUAGAAAAGCCACAGACUGGGCAAUGUCUGGUCAUGAUUUCAAACACUUCUGAUCAAAACUGUUAUAAAAUAAAGAAUGUUGAUCAACACCA